UGUUUACAAGGGUUUACUUCCGGGACAAUGAAAGGACGUUCACUCCUACGAUUAUGAAAUUUACGCUCGUUCGUCUUUUUAUCCCCUUGAAGACAAGUUUGAGGAGCAUUGAAAACAAUUCCGGGUCCCAAACGGACUUUAGUUGGAUCUCGCGAUGGUUUAUUUGGUUGUGAACGUGGCGAGGUCGUCGGCGUCUUUACGAAAGCUGUGUGCGGCAUCAUGGACGGGCGUUCUGCUCAACCAGAAUGUCCGCAACCAGUGCGUCAAUCCGGGCCCACCCCCUGCGCCGGCGGCCCCUUCAGAGAGUGGCGGUGGCGGAACCGGCGCGCCUCCCGCACCCCCGACGCACUGCUGUAUGAGCGGCUGUCACAACUGCGUGUGGAUCGAGCAUGCCGAGCAGCUCCUGGCCUUCUACAACGACGGCGGUGAGCGGGCACUGGCCGCCAUCGAGGAGAACGUGCUGGACGACAACCUGAAGACCUUCUUGAAGAUGGAGAUUCGACUCCUCAAAAAGACGUGACGUGCCCCUGGUGAGUUUGGAGUCGGACGAUGAAACCUCCCCACGCCUUGGAAAUGUAGACUAGGGCUAACAAUAAGUUGACUAGUCACCAUUACGUCAACGGUGGUCUAAAUAAGGAUUCACUUGAAAUGUUUACCGACUCCUCUGACAACAUGUGCCCCACUUGCAUGUGCGCAGAACUUUCCAGAAUGGAGUUGCCUCAAGCAGAAGGUUUUGGAUCCUCCCUAGGCCGGCAACGGGAAUGGUGGCUGAACACAACGAGGAGACCGCCGAGUAUGACUUGAGAUGAGAUGAACAACCGCUCGUCAUCAAGUCUGUUUGCACUUUGAAAUACGUAUUUAUUCUUGUUGUGAAUACAACAUGCACAUAUUUAUCGCAUUUGUGUCAAUUAAACAGUGCCAGGUGCA